AGUGCUUCUUAGUGGAAGGUUGAAGGUGGAAGGAAAACAGAAAAUGGCCUCAAAACCAUCCACCAUUGUUAGACUUUGUUUCAUCUAUUUGAUAUUCUUCAGCUUUAUGCGUUUGAGCAGCUGCACUGUGCUCUCAUUGACCAGUCAUGUAAGCACAUGCAAUGGUUCCAUAGCUGAAUGCAAUCAAGAAGAUGAGCUGUUGAUGGAGUCAGAAACAAGCCGAAGGUUUCUGGAGCAGAAGAAAUACAUUUCCAAUGGAGCUUUACAGAGAGACAAACCAGUUUGUAAUGGAGGUGGCUCUGGUGAAGCUUAUAGUAACAGUGGAGGGUGUCUUCCUCCCCCCUCAAAUCCUCAUAAUAGAGGCUGCUCUAAGUACUAUCGUUGUAGGUCUGACUCUUGAUUAUGCAAAGAAACAAUCUUUAAGGUUCAUGAAUCAACCCUUUUUACAUAAUCUUUAUUUUGAUAGGAACUUUCGAAUUUGAAAUUAUAAAAAAAUUCCAAAUGGUUCUCUGGUAACUAAUACUCUGAAGGAGGGUUCUUAUCUACUGGCGGUAGGUAUGAAUACUGAAUAACUGAGUAUCACACUACUGCUUGCAGAUUUAGUGUACUAAAACAAAGGUUAAUUGCUAUGGUUAUACCAAUUAUCAGUA